UACAUAUUUCAAAAUCGUUCACGGCAUACGCUACUCUACGCUACUAGUGUGAAAGAUGGACUGUUACGAUCCAAAGUGGGAAUAUAAUGCUCCAAAUUUUGUUGAUUUCGAAUCAACUCAGCUUCAUGACGACAGUGUAGAUAAGUGGUUCGAUAUAGACCACGAAAAUGAAGUUCCAUUUAACAUGGAAAAGGGUGGCAUCUGCGAAGGUAACACACCUAAAGUUAACACCCCAAGAUCAGCUAGAAAAUCCCGAGGUAGCCAGGCUGUUAAUUCCUGUGGGAAAGAAACAAAGGCAAAGCUUCUGGAGCCAUGCAAAUCAAAAGACACCAAUGUCAUGGUGGAGCUGUCCGAGGUUAAUGUAGUGAAGAAAGAAAAGCAUAAUGGUCACCUUAAACCGCUGAGAGUGACCCGAUCGUUAUCGGCAAGGAACGCCGAGGCGACGGCAGAAGAAAACGUGCAACCUCCAGUCGCUCACUUGAAGCGAUCGGCAUCGAUGAGGUUACCUCGGUCUGCCACUCCGCAGAAUCGAUCUCGAAUUCCAACGCCGACGAAAUCAAGUAAGCAGCCAGUGGCAGCUGGGAAAGCAAAGCCAUCAACGCCUCAGGCCGGACGCGGAAAAGAUCUAGAGGCGCAACCUACGGCAGGCAAACAACCUUUGCGUAGGGCCAAUUCGCUCAUCUCCAGGUCGACUAGACAGUCCAGGUUGAUGUGCAAGCCGAGCGAAGUUGCGACCAGUGCGGGAAAGAAAAAGGUCGAUGCACAACAGCGGAGCGUGAGAGGGAGGUCAUUAGACGUCGUUGGCAGCUCUGGCUCAACUUCCAGAAAACGCACGGCAUCGGUCAGCAGUGCGAAAAUGGCGUCACCUGUUCGCGCGAAGAUGCCAAAGCUCACGAUAGCUAACGCUCCAUCGUUCAUGAGGCGCCUCGCUGCCAAGCCGGUGAAGACGGCCGGCAGCAAGUCGACGCUAGAGCUAGAGAUGGAGCAAGCUGCGCAGCUGCGACGGGAGCUCGCGCGCCACCGCAAGCAGGCGGCCGACUCACUACGCAUGGUGAAGACCUCGAGCGGUCCCGCGCCCGUGCGCGCGCACGUCGCCGCAACGAAGCCCAUCGACUUCCAAUUCAAGACGGACGGCCGCGUGAAACCGGCCAAGGUCGAUGCGGCGAAGGUCGACCCCGUCGGGCCCUUCGACUUUGCGCACGCGCUGAGGAGCGGGGGUCACAGGAGCGGUGACGCGGACGACGGCUCCGUGGGAAAGCAGGUGGAGAAAGGAAUAACAGUGGUCAAGCCCUUCAACCUACACGCUCCCAAUAAACGAAAAAGAUCGGAAGGCACCCUAGCAAAAUGCAAGCCGAAUCCGAAAGGAUUGUCUUUCCAGCCAAUGGCAGAGCUGAUUACCAAGUUCCACAACAGCACUCCGGAUAGAUUUCACACGAUGUCGAAAAGUGCCGCUGCCCAUGCUCAGGAAGCAGCGCGUAGGUCACCCAGGCUUCACCAUUUGACCAAGCUCAAGACUCCGCACCUGCUGAGUAGAACUCGCAGCAGGCCGGUCACUGUGCCAUCCCAACAGGAGCUUGAGGAAAAGAAGGUCGAGGAGAUGAGAAGCCACCAAUUCAAGGCGACCAAGCUCAAUCCCAAGAUGUUCCAGAGCUCCGUGAUGGGCAUCAAGAAGGUCCCGCGCAAGGAGGUCACAGAGCCGGUUGGAUUCGACCUGGAAACUGAGCGCAGGAUGCAGGCGUGGGAGAGCAAGAAGGUCGAGGAGGCGGGGGCGUACGAGUUCCACGCAAAUCCUGUGCCCGUCGCCAUCCUUCAUGGGACGGUGGGUAUUGGACCGCCCCCAAAAGUUAAACUGACAGUCCCAGAGUCUCCAGCGUUUGCCACCAGGUCGCGCUCACAACUACAUCAAUCAAAAAUGGAAGAGAAGGUCCCGAAGCAGAAUACGUCGCGGAUCAUGCGGGCUCAUCCGAUUCCCCACACGGGCAUACCGUUCCUGCCCAACUACGACCACAAGACCACCGUGCCAGAGCCAUUCAGUUUCGCCGCACGCGACGUGGAGAAGGAGAAACUGAAGGAGGAGAAGAUUAAGAGCAUCAUCGAGGGAGAGUCAAAGCAGGUCCCCGAGUUUCGAGCGCAGCCUCUUCCAAGCUCGGCGAAGAAGGGCAUUCCGGAGGUGAAGCCCAGAGAUGUGACGCGCUUCGAGCCGUUCAAACUGCACACAGAGGAGCGCGGCACCCGCUCGGCCGAGACGUGGAGCGCAAAGAUGGCCGAGGAAAUAGAGAAGCAGAGGGAGCAGGCACUGUUUCACGCAAGCUCGAACCGUGUAGUGCAUGAGGCACCUUUCGUUCCGCAAAGGUCCAACAAACCGUUGACUGAAAUACUAGAUAUUGCUUUGAAUACGGAGAAGAGGUUCGAAAGUAGGCAAGCGUAUGAGGACUGGCUUCACCAGAAAGAGCUGGCGAAAGCACAAGCCGAGAGAGCCAACCAGAUGCAGAAGGAAGAAGAAGAGAGGAAGACCAUUGCCAGGAUGAGGAACGAAAUUGUGCACCAUGCCCAACCCGUUCGUAAAUACACGCCGCUAGAGUUAAAGCUAAGUGAUCAGCCGUUGACUGAAGCACAGUCGCCAGCCUUCAGCAAGCGACCACGGCGAAGUGCGAGGCUAUAGGUAGUGCAGCUUCCGAAUUUCUGUACAUCAGAUUGCAUGAGCGGAUGUCUAAUAGGACAUAGGGUUUAUUAUUCUAAUGCAUUUUUAGCAGGUACCAUGUUGAUAUGCUGAAGGUGGAGGUUCGUUGGUAAAAAAAAGUUAGAGGGAAAGUAUUAUUAUGAUGAUUGCAGUAACAGACAUGUGAUCAAGUCUGCAAAUGUUAAGAUAACGGUGGGUUAUCUUAACAUUUGUAGACUUGAUCGCUUUUCUGUUACUGCAAUCAUAAUAAUACUUUCCUUCUAACUGUUUUACCAACGAAUAGGGGUGUAACGAUAUACCGGUAUAUCGGU